UGUCCCUGCCAGCUCGCCGUAGAGAUCCUGCUUGCCGGUCUCCCCCUGCCCUCUUACUUGAGCCUUGAGGGACUCGGCGAUGAGCUGGGCGCCGCUGACCUCCUCCUCCUGCGCGGCACUCCCGGAAGCCAUGCCGGCUGCGCGCCUCCCCAGCGCCCACCGGGCGGAGCGCCGGGACCCCCGGCCGAAGGUCGGGUGCCGUUGACUGGCACCCCGCCCGACCAAUGAGACAGCGGAGGGGGCGGGCCCUGCCAAUGAGACAGCGAAGGGGGCGGGUCCAGGAGGACGCGGAUAUACACCUCUGGCGAUGGCUGGAGCGGGCACCCAAUCAGAGGCCGGGAGGUGGGCGCCGCCCCACGCCGCUGCGGGCACCCGGGAGCGCGGAGCAGCCGCCAGGGGGCGGGAGCGGCGCGGCGCGAGGCUGGUGACGCGGCCGUUUAAACGUCUGUUGGAUUCUUGCGAGUAUAAAAGUGCUAAGAAGCAGGAUUUCUGGCGUACACCAUGGUGGCUCUGUGCUGGAAGCUGUCCCUCUGCUUUUUUUGCUAUCAAGUUGUCUCAGGAAGAGUUAAGAGGGAGGGGCAUUAUAUUGCUGCUGUGUACGAACAUGAGUCCAUACUGAGUCCUAACCCGACAGCCCUAGUUGAUCGACAGUCUGCGCUGCAGCUCAUGGGCAGGAACCUAGACAUCUAUGAACAGCAAGCAGUGGCUGCUGCAAGACAGGGGGCACAGAUCAUUGUUUUUCCUGAAGAUGGAAUCCAUGGCUUCAACUUCACCAGAAGCUCCAUUUAUCCUUACUUAGAUUUCGCUCUGCAUUCACAGUCUGUGAAGUGGAAUCCGUGCAGAGAGCCGUAUUUGUUCAAUGACACAGAGGUUCUUCAGCGUCUGAGCUGCAUGGCACUGAAGAACAAAAUAUUCCUUGUGGCAAACUUAGGAACUAAGCAGCCCUGUGAGCACACAGAUCCUUACUGUCCCUCUGAUGGAAGAUACCAGUUCAAUACCAACGUGGCGUUCGAUGCUGACGGCAUGCUGGUAGCCACAUACCGCAAAUACAAUCUGUACUUUGAAUACGCUUUUGAUACCCCGCCAGAGCCUGACUAUAAAGUCUUUGAUACCCCUUUUGCUGGCAAGUUUGGUAUGUUCACUUGCUUUGAUAUACUUUUUUUUGAGCCUGCAGUGAACCUCAUCAGACAAUACAAUUUGAAACAAGUUGUAUAUCCAACUGCCUGGAUGAACCAGCUCCCACUCCUUUCUGCUGUAGAGUUUCAACAAGCUUUUGCGACAGCUUUCAACAUCAAUAUUUUAGCAGCUAAUAUCCACCACCCAACCUUGGGCAUGACAGGGAGUGGCAUAUACACUCCAGCCAAAUCGUUCAUCUACCACAACAUGGAAAGUUACGGUGGCAAGCUCAUAGUAGCAGAAAUUCCUGUGAUUACCACAGAUCAUGAAACCAAUUUGGAGAGUAAUGAAAGAGUCAGAGAGAAUUUGCAUCACUCAUGCAAGACUUUUAUAGGCACCUCACUGGAUGAUCAAGUUUGCUUUAGGGAGGAAGAAGAGACCCCCAGCAGAGUGUCAGAAAAAGGAAAUGAACAGUUAGUCCCUGUAUUUUAUUCAGAAAUGAUGUAUGACAACUUUACUUUCGUUCCUGUAUGGGGGGAAAAAGGAGAGCUCCAAGUUUGUGCCAAUACCCUUUGUUGUUACUUAAAUUAUCAGAGAGCUGAUUUAACCGGUGAAUUAUAUGCUCUGGGAGUUUUUGAUGGGCUCCAUACAGUGCAUGGCACAUACUAUGUCCAGGCCUGUGCAUUAGUAAAGUGUGGUGGUCUCAACUUCAGCACUUGUGGAGAGGAGGUUACACACGCCACUGCUCUGAUAGAUUUCCAGCUAUGGGGAAAUAUGAGUACCCGUUAUGUCUUUCCUUUACUGCUGACAUCUGGUAUUGCCUUGGACUUUGCCGAUCACAUGGGCUGGAAAAACAACCACUAUUUCAUAAGCAAAAAUAGAACAUCUUUUGGCCUACUGACAGCUGCUCUAUAUGGACGAUGGUAUGAAAAGGACUAGCACAGAUACUUGAUUGAAUCAGAAAACAGCUGCCUGUAUGCUCAGAGCAUAUAUCUUAACGUAGGUUGUUGAACAUCUGUACUUCCUAAAGCUUCAGGUGUGUUUGUACAUGACUACUGAUUGGAUUUCACAUUUGAAAUAAGUGAAGCACUUAACCUAAAAGGCUGUAAGUAUCAUCUAUACCUUGGUAGCUUAAGUCCUACCAGAAGUAAAAGAACUGCCUUGCAAGGAUAAAGGCUUGUUGUAAUGUUUCGAGAUGUUUUAUACUGGGAAAAUAACAUUUCUCAUUUCAACAGAA